AAUAUGAAAGACUUUUGUGAUGUUGCAUAAAGUGUUAUUUUUCUGUGUUUUUGGAAUGUGUAGUUCUUUCAAACUGAAAUGUCCAGAUCAUUCACAGUGGUCUUUGAGAGCCAGAGCAUUAUGUCCAUCUGAUCCAUCAAAGUAUUCCUGUAUUCAAAAUGAACAUAUUAAAGGAUAUACUGAAGAUUGUUCAGUAGCUAAAUUUGAAAGAGGAGGCAUGAAGAUAAUCUUACGUGGUAAUUUGGAUGCGGGACCGUGUUCUGAAGAACGAUACCAACCCGGCCAAAUGAAGUAUUUAACAAAUAUUAGCAGUGAAUGUAUAUUUUCCAAAUCACAAUGUUAUGAAGAAGGUCAAAUUUUAUAUGAUCAAGGAAGUCCUACUCAAGAUGUAAAGUGCAGAUGUGACUUUACACAAAACUACGACUUCAUUUGUAGAACAAAUGCUUCUAGAUAUUGCAAACCUUCUGAAGAAGAUUGUUCUUGCUUUAAAAAGCAGUGUCCGACAUAUAAUGAACUCUCAACAGAUUAUUCAUGCAUUUUAACACCUACAGUAGCAAAGGAUACACUGACGAAAACAUUAAGAAACGAAUCAGUGCAGCCGUUUAUUGUACAAAGAAAUAUCACACAACGAGAAAAGUUAAACCUAUCACCAUGUACAGCAAUUCUUAUCAUAUUAACUAUACUUGCCUUUCCUUUGUCACUGCUGCUUUGUUAUGAUCAGAGGAUAGACAAGCUUAUUGACCAUGUUGACAGACAGGUUCGAAAAGGUCAGAAUAAUGCUGGAUCAAGAAGACAAACUUCCGAGACAUUACAGCAAAGGCCAAAUUCUGUUUCGAUGACGGAAAGCGAUUUUUCAAAAGAACCCAACCCGAAUAAGCAGGAUUCAACAACCCCAGCAAAUAGUAUCGUACCACAGGAUGGUGGUACUAGUAAGGCUCCAAAUACUUUCAUAAGUCACGGAGGUAUUCAGACAAUAAUGUCAAAAUCUGUAGCGACUUCUAAUGACUAUUAUGAUCUAAAACCUGACUAUGGCCUUGCAGAUAAUGAAUCUGAUAAAUAUUUUAUCAAGGUUCCUCUAUGGAUAAAAUCAAGCAAAAUAAAGUACUUUAGUUCUGCUGGGAAGCCUGUAAUUGGUGAAGAUAUCCAUCGCGAAUGGAAAAGACUAGAGAAGGACACAAAAUGUAGGAUAAUGGUUGAACCAUAUCACAAAUCAGUUUUUAAGGAAGGAUGGAUAGCCAAAACAAACAAACAGUUAAUGAACAUUUUGUUAAUGAGUGGAACACUCAACUCAAUAGAAGGUGAUAUUAUUCUGUGUGCAGUCAAUAAGGAAUUGGAAGCUAUGGGAUUUGAUUCUGAAGUAUUGAUGGGAGGUCUUAACAAGGAAAAGCUGGACAGACUUCUACCUAAGACAUCUGAGAGAAAGCUCGAGAUAGGUGAUGUGGUACGAAUAUAUGAUCCAGAAAACCUUAACUGCCACUGUUUACUUUUGACUGUUCUUGAGGAUUUAAAUAUAAAGAGUCACUCUGAUUCUCUGGAACAGAAAGUAGCAGCAGAAGUUAUCAACACUUUAGUAACAAACGGUUUUAGAAGUUUAGGGAUAUCACUGAACUACAACAAAAGCCCAGAAUGGAAAAUGUUCUCAUUCACAUUACUGUCUUGUUUAUGGAGUCCCAAAUCUAAACUGAAGAGUCCAGUUGUGGUUUAUUGCUUUGGUGCAGUGGACGAGUUUGAUAGUCUUGACGACUACAUACGAGAGAAAUUGAAGAUUGACAACUGUUUGGUUCCUAUAAAAACCGAACCUUUAGAAUAUCAAGAUGAGGAGAACUCAAUUAAAGUGUCAGUAGAACAUGGAUCCAUACUUGAUUAUGAUACCAAGGUUGAUGUCUUAAUAAAUUCUGUAGGUGCUUCACUCGAUUUGAGCAAUGGGAUUGUGUCCGCAAAACUUGUGAAGAUGGCUGGUAAAUCUGUUCAAGAUGAAUGUAAUAAAGAGUACAAAAAUGGCAUAAAAAUAGGAGAUAUUGCCAUCACUUCUACAGGGCAUAUGAUAUGUAAAAAGAUUUUCCAUGUAGCAUUGUACACAAACUGGGUUUGUGAUGGAAAUAUUUCUACUGAAAUUUUGAAGAACAUUGUGAUAAAGUGUUUGAUUGAAGCUGAAAAAAGGGAAAUGACCUCUAUUGCUUUUCCUGCUCUUGGAACAGGCACUUUAGGGUAUCCUCCAUGUGUGGUUGCCAAGACAAUGUUUGCUGCUGUCGAUGAGUAUGGAAGGACAAAUCCUAAAUUCUUACAGCAGGUUGUUUUUGUCCUGUUUGAAGACACUGUUGUAUUUAAGAAGAAAUAA